UUUGAGGACUACGCAACACCGGUGCCAGCAGCACAAUCAUUGUUACACACUUGUUGCAAAAAACGGAAAGGAAUUUUACCAAAAGCCAUGAAUAUAAUAAUGCAGAUCAUAACCUCGCCGAAUGCAGAUAACAAACAAAAAGAUGGCGCUUUGCAUAUGAUUGGGACAUUGGCGGAUGUUUUGCUUAAGAAGCGUGUUUAUCGCGACCAAGUGGAAACCAUGUUAACAACCUAUGUCUUUCCCGAGUUCCAUAACCCUGCUGGUCACAUGCGGGCCCGCGCGUGUUGGGUUUUACACUAUUUUUGCGAUAUCCAGCUCAAGAACCCGCAAGUGUUGGCCGAAAUCAUGCGUUUGAAUAUACAUGCAUUGCUCAAUGAUAAAGAGCUGCCAGUUAAAGUUGAAGCAGCAAUCGGCUUACAGAUGUUCUUGUCAACCAAUGACGAUGCUGCACAAUACGUGGAGAGUCAAAUAAAAGAAAUCACGAAAGAACUGCUAACCAUCAUUCGCGAAACCGAAAACGAAGAUCUGACCAAUGUCAUGCAAAAAAUUAUGUGCACAUUUACAACCCAAUUGCUACCAGUGGCAAUGGAAAUAUGCCAGCAUUUGGCUACGACAUUUAGCCAAGUACUAGAAUCAGAUGAAAACUCCGAUGAGAAGGCCAUUACUGCAAUGGGUUUGUUGAACACAAUCGAAACCUUACUUACCGUCAUGGAAGAUCAUCCCGAUGUUUUGUUAAAUUUACAUCCAAUUGUAAUUAAUGUGGUUGGACACAUAUUCCAAAAUAACAUCACAGAUUUUUAUGAGGAGACAUUUUCGUUAGUUUUUGAUCUAACUGCGAAAGCAAUUUCACCUGAAAUGUGGCAGAUGAUGGAACUGAUUUAUCAAGUGUUCAAAAAGGAUGGUGUGGAUUAUUUUAUCGAUAUUAUGCCAGCUUUACACAAUUAUGUUACUGUUGAUACGCCCGCUUUCCUUUCCAAUCCGAAUCGACUUUUGGCUAUGUUCGACAUGUGCAAGACUAUGUUGACAAGCAGCCCUGGCGAAGACCCUGAAUGCCACGCCGCUAAACUACUUGAAGUUAUAAUUCUGCAGUGCAAAGGUCAAAUAGAUUCUGUAAUUCCGAUGUUUGUUGAAUUGGCUUUGUCGCGCCUAACCCGCGAAGUGCAGUCAUCCGAGUUACGAACAAUGUGUUUACAGGUCGUAAUAGCAGCGCUUUAUUAUAAUCCACAACUUUUGCUGACGAUUUUGGAAAAAAUGUCUCAGCCAACUAACGAAUCAAUUUCAUCACAUUUUAUUAAGCAAUGGCUUCAUGAUACUGAUUGUUUCCUAGGAAUUCACGAUCGUAAACUCUGCGUACUUGGACUAUGCACGCUUAUUUCAUUGGGCGACGCCAAGCCACCAGUUCUUAGCGAGGUAGCUGGUAAGAUUUUACCUAAUCUCAUUCUUCUUUUCGAUGGACUGAAGCGGGCAUAUGAAUCGCGGGCACAAGAAGAUGACGAGGAGGAGGAGGAAGAUGAUGAAGAUGAUUGCGAAGAAGCAUUAUCAAGCGAUGAAGACGAAGUUGACGAAUUCGCGUCCAACUAUUUGGAACAAAUUGCAGAAAUAUCUAAAACGAAAGGCGCAGAAGCAGGUUUUGAAAUGAAAGCAGAGAUUAAAGAUGACGAAGACUCUGAUGAUGAAGAAGAGGAAUCUGUCGAUGAUCUUAACGAAACUGCGCUUGAGGGCUUUACUACCCCAAUCGACGAAGAAGAAGAAGAAACUGCGAUUGAUGAAUAUGUUACAUUCAAGGAAGUUUUUUCUGCUCUGUCCAACCAAGAUCCAGCUUGGUAUGCUCUUUUAACUGCUGCUCUUACCACCGAACAGACGAAAGCACUUCAAGAAAUUGUGGUCACCGCCGAUCAACGAAAAGCAGCUAAAGAAUCAAAACUUAUUGAGAAACGAGGAGGUUUCGCAUUCCCACAACAAACCGUUCCCACUUCAUUCAAAUUCGGCUCUUAAUACUGAACAUUUGAACUGAGAGCGCGGCAGUGUGCAUCAUCUAAUUCAAGAAUAUAGAAGAGAAGCAUAUGGCUAACUGACGUUAUAACGAAUCUGAAGGUUGCGAUAUACUAUUCUACAAAGGGUAUCGAUGAUCAUGGUGAAUACAAUGUAAUUAAAAAGUGAUUUCUUAACAACGUGUACAUUGUAUAUCUGUUUGUAUUCAGUAUAUAGUAUAUUUCCCAUAACGAAGUUCGGAACUUUUGGAUUCUUAUAGUUUUCUACUAAUGAAAUUUCGAAGCACACAUAUGUAUGGAUGGUAAUGAAAAUUUGAUACAGUUAAAAUGGUUUCAUAUGGUCUCUAAUUAAUACUAUUGUUAACAAAGACUAGCGGAAGCUAGAAGUUACGUGGUGCAUAAUUAUUUAUUAUUGUAUUAUCACAUUUCAACCUAUAACAAAUUACCAAACUAGUUAAAAGUAAAUAUGAUAUAUUUACUGUAUUAUCUCAUUUAAUCAGACCAUUUGAUACCACGAACGA